AUGUCCUGCAGGUUUGCUGCAGCAGCAGCAGCAGCAGCUGCUGCUGCUGCUGCUGCAACUUCUGCUGCUUCUGCAACCCCCGCUGUAGCAGCAGCUCGAGGGGCUGUUGUCUCUCGUCUGUACUGCAACAGCAGCAGCAGCUGCAGCAGCAGAAGGAUAAGGGCCUUCUGCACAGCAGCAGCAACAGAAGCACAGCCAGCUGCAGGAACUGCAGCAGCAGCAACAGCCGCAGCAACUGCAGCAGCAUCAAGAGCGACAACAGCAGCAGCAGCAGCUCAAAAGAGCAGCGUGAGGAUCCUUCCUCUCUCAGCAGCAGACCUCAGCAGCAAGGCUGAAGUGCUGUCUGCUGCUAAGGCAGCUUUCCUAAGCAGCAACAGCAGCAGCAGUAACUGCAGCAGCAACUGCAGCAGCAGCAGCAGCAGCAGCUGGUUCAGGGUGCAUGUUGGAGAUAAUACCAUUAAGACUUCAGAAGGGGUGGAUUUGCUGCUGCCUUCUCUUGCUGCUGCAGUUGCUGUUGCAGCAGAAGGCGUGCGUGUUCAGCGGCAGCUGCUGCUACACAAGCAGCAGCAGCAAGAGCAGCAGAAGCAGCAGCAGCAGCUUCCGCUGUAUCUCUUGAGGCGCCCUUUGACGGGUCUCCUCGCUUUCGUCCAAGACAUCUCGCUGCAGCAGCAGCAGCAGCAACUGGAGCAACAGCAGCAGCAGCAGCAGCAGCAGCAGCAGCAGCAACUGGAGCAGCAGCAGCAGCAGCAGACAAAGCAGCAGCAAAUAAUAGAGGAGCUGCUGGGGUUUCUAGAGACAGACACCGCUCUCUGCAGGGAGGCGUCUCCUUCUGCAGAUGCUUUGCUGCAGCAGGAUGCAGCAGCAGCAGCAGCAGCAGCAGCAACAGCAGCAACAGAAGAUGCUGGCUCUGCACCUUCUCUGCUGCAGCAGCGCCCGCUGCAGCUGGUCGCGCUGCAAGCAGCAGCAGGGCAUCUGCGUUCGGUUAUUAUUGCUGAUGAGCUGCUCUUUGGAGAAGCUUUGCUGCAGCAGCCUGCUGCUGCUGCUGCUGCUGCAGCUGCAGCAACAGCAACAGCAGAUCCAGCAGCAGCUGCUGCUGGAGAAGCCCCAACCCCAAGCGCUGCGACUGCCGCUGCAGCGCGCAUGCAGGAGAUAGCAGCAGCAGCUGGGGGAGGUUCUUCUAAUGCAGCAACAGCAGCAUCAUCAGCAUCAGCAGCAGCCGCUGCAGCAGCAGCAGCAGCAGCAGCAGCAGCAGUGCAGAGAGCCUGGGAUGCGAGCACAAUCGAAGCACGAGUGCAGCAGCAGCACUUUGGUUUCGUUGAGGGGAUUCAUGAUGAAGCAGAAGCAGAAGCAGUCUUGUGGCUUACUGCAGCAAAAACUGCUGUUUCUCUCUUUUAA